CAAAGUUUUUAAGAGUAUAAUAUAUUAAAUUACUCACUUGGAUCGAAGAAUUUCUGUUUGGUAAAUUGAUUCCACAAUUGAGGCAUCAUAGGAAUUGUGCAAAAAUGAUGUUUGAUCCACCGGAUUUUCCUUACAAAGAACUGACAGAUAGCCUAAAAGCACAUUAUGGACCAGAUGACUUAAUAUUUAAUACCAACGACCAUUUAUCAGAUAUAAACAGAGAUUUAGUAACAGUAACAGAACAAAUGAUCACUAAUGUAGAAAAUGAAUUGAGUUUUCAUUCUAAUGAUGCUGGUAAACACUUUAAUGUUGAAAGUACGGCAACGAGAUUCAGCAAUAUCGAUAUUGCUGACUCAAAUAUGCAAAUGUUUAUUGUACAAACCGAUAAUCUUAUAAAUUAUGAACCUACAUUAUUAGAUGAGAACACCGUCAACCAAUUUUUAUUACCUAUACAAAGCAUUGCGGAAAAUAAGGAUCUAGAUAAUCAACAAUCACAAGACUUAAAUACUAACGGACCUGAUAUUUUAGCUUUACAUUCAUGUGUUAUAUGCCACGAUAUAUUUACUAGUGACUCUGAUCUUUUGGACCAUACAAUAUCUUUUCAUGCUUCAAACACGACAGUGAAUCAAAACAAUUUAGCAAUAAUUGAUAAUAGUAAUGAAAAGGAGAUCCUUGCAAUAGAUGAUCCUAAAAAUAGCGCUGUAGAUUUGGAGGCAGACUGGCUGGUGUGCUCGACGUGCGAACGUGUUUUAUCGACAGCACUAGAAAUAGAACCUAGUGAACAGUUAUGUUGUGUAAACAGCAAUGGCAAAGGUAACGUGUCAUCAAGAAAACUCAUUACAAUGUACGUUUGUGAAUUUUGCAAUGGCUUAUUCGCUGAUGGGGAGGCUUUGGACAGACAUAGACUGAGUUGUUUUAAUGUUGAAGAACAGAAUUAUUAUUUAGAACAGUUGGUUGAAGGCGAUUCAUUGAUACAUAACAAUCAAAAUACUUAUUGUAACUGUGAAUACUGCGGGAAAGAUUUUUCAUCAGCGGAAGACUUAAAACUCCAUCAGGCGCAGUGUCCGAAGCCUCCUGCAACUAGAAAUAUACGACGCACGUACACUAACAAUAAUAACAACAAGAUGUGGAAUUGUGGGUCUUGUAACCAGCUUUUUGCUACAGCUAGGGAACUAUAUCGUCAUAAACGGGGCGAAGAUCGGUCGCCAGGAGCACCUCUCACGGCAUACGUUUGCGAGGAAUGUGAUAAAGUAUUAGGAAGUAUGUGCGCUCUGCAUACACACAAGAAAAUGCACAAAGUUUCAAAACCGGGUUACCCAUGUCGUAUAUGUGGUCGUCGCUUCAACCAGUCCGGACACCUAGCCAUACACAUGAGGAUGCAUACAGGAGAAAGACCAUACCCAUGUGACUUAUGUCCAAAGGCAUUUAAAGUUAAGGUGGAGCGCGACGACCAUCGGCGAACGCACACCGGGGAGCGGCCCUUCGCAUGCGCGGCCUGCCCCAAGACGUUCACGGCGGCCGCACGCCUGCGUGAACAUGCCCGCAUUCAUACCGACCAAAGACCAUACCGUUGUGAUAUCUGUGGUGCCGCUUUCCGAAGACCCUAUGCGCGAACAGUCCACACUCUCAUACAUACUGGAGAGAAACCUCACGAGUGUGACGUCUGUGGAACUGCUUUCAGACGUUCAGGCGACAUGUGGAAACACAAGAGAACUCUGCAUGGCGUUCAGGGUGUGACUGAUACGGAAUUUAGAAAAUCCUAAAAUUAUAUCACAGCAAAAAUAUUAUAAACACAUAAGUAACACCAACAAAACAACAGAUAAGACGGUUGAACUCUAUGUAUUACUUGGCCUAGCCUAGAACUUCUAAAUUCCUUAUGUAAUGAUCUCUUUGAAAGAACUGUCAAUUCAACAUUAUGUUGUAUUAGACCAACGCACAUUUAAAGACAUUUAUAGUUAUUUAUAUAUAUACAUGAGAUAAUUAUUUUAAAAGUUUAGGCUGAGUUAUAACUGAGAGUUAUACUCUCUCCUCGUAAUGGGCGGAUAUUGAUCCACGCUGGCCACGCGACUAGGCACAGGAUUUCUUAGUGUUACCUUCUCUUAUACUGUUGUGCCUUAUUUCUCUAAUCGCCACUUACGAUAUAUCACACGAUUACUACUAACAUCGCUUGUGCUAGCGGUAAAAGCUGGCGAAGUGAGUGAUAAAUAGGAUAGGAUGAGUUCAGGUGAAAUAGCCACGUUGGUAUCCAUGGGGAGACCACCUAUGGAGGUAGACCUGGUACUAGCAAUGGUUCUAUUUAAAAUCCCCUCUUCUGCAUCUUUUGCAUAGUUUAUUUUUUAAAUUUAUCGAUUCGCGCAGAUAGCUCACUGAUUAGGUGCUUACUCUUACGAUGUCGUACAUAUUGUAUCGUGGAUGACCAAAUUCGUGCAACAUUUAAAAUAUUAAUUUCUGUGUAUCUGUAUCAUUAAGUAAUAGUCGCCAUGUCUGUUAUUCAUUAGCUAAUGUGGUGCAGACGCGACACAAUUGUUGUGCGCAUUCCGUUCAUCACAUCACUUUCGUUAAUUCCGCAUUGUAAUUAGUAAAUGUGUGAUCAUAUACUUUAGUAGCAGACUUUAAUAUUGUUGAAAGACCAAUGACACUCAAUCCCGAUGAAUUAGCCAUACAUUGUAGUACCCACAAUUGAAACUAAUGUUUAGAUUACUAGUCCUCUUUUUCAGUUUAGAAAUAUUUCCUUGGAAAUAUAAUAUACUAAUAGAUAAUAUUAUAUUAAAAAGUGAGCUCAAUAUGGUUAUAUAGGUACACGACUAUAUUGGAUAUGUAGUGUCAUUUACUCUGUUUGAUUUUUUAAAUGUGCGUAUUCAUAAGUGUCCAAUACACGAUGUAUGAAAAUAAUUUCUUUUCGACAGACUUCGAAAAUCGGACUCAUUUAAACUGUAUGUAUCUUACGCUAUAACUUUGCAAUACAUUCGCCAUUUUGAACGCAUUCUUACGAUUCUUUUUUUAACAAUUCGAGUUACCAUCGGCUUGUGUUGGUUUCUGUAUCAUAUUAAUUUCGUCACGUUUAAUGAUGGAUAGCAUUUUUCGCCUCUUCAUUUUUAUUUCUACGAAUUUCUUUCAAAUAUUUCAUUGAUUCUAUCUCCGUUGGAGACAUUCUAAAUUCUAAGAUAUAUGUACGCAUUUAGGUCGUUGAAAUUAAUAUAUAAUUACUUGUUUUAUUUGCUGAAAUUCUAGAAUUGCCUCCUGAAUUGUGUUUGAAUUGACUGAUUGAAAAUUGACCUGUAAAUGUAAUAAUUAUAUUUUUUUCAUCUAUCGUAUGUACUAAACAUACAACCUGACACACUAACAAGCUCUGCUUAGCUUGUGCAGAGACUACAAAUUUUUACUUUUGACUGAGUAAAAAUUAGUCUCCAGGAACAAGGAAAUUUUCGAGUUAUAAAAUGAAAGUCAAAGUUUCAUCAACAGUAAAUAUUUAUUAUAAAAAUUGCUCUUAUAGCCACAUUUCUGUUUCUAUAAUAUAUAUAAUAUUUAUGUUCAUUCUUUGUGCCAUUGUUUCACAAAAUUAUUCCUGUUCUUGUUAUUUCCGACACAAUAGCUUAAACAAUUAAUAUAUUACAAUAUGUCGUACAUUAGACAAUUAUAGAAACAAUUUUGAAGAAAUUCUAACAUGAGGAACAUUUAACAAUUCGAUGUGCACAAUAAUUUACAUUCAAAAUUGGUUUCAUAAUGUUCUAAUGAGAGUAUUCUUUCUAAAAUAUAUUCACAAUUGUUUCAAUAAUAGAUCCUGUCAUUUUUGGUAACCAAUGGCAAUGAGAAACUAAGAAGUUACACCUAUAACAAUGUAAUCGCAAGUUACGUAUGUACGGCUGCGAGCUCUUCUUGGAAGAGCCCGUGGCCAGAAAAGACGGAUGUGACGGAUGCUAAUGUCAUAACAAUUAUUGCUGAAGGUCACAACACAGUGCGCGAGCGCAGCUACGCCCGCCGAGGGUGGCUUACGUACAUAUCAUGGCAAGUAACAACGCAAUAAAAUACAGAGUAUUCACUAUAACUUAUAUAGUAUCCACCAUAAAAUUUUCACAAACAAGAUACGGAAACGAAAUAAUCUAAUAUUCCCGUAUGUGUUGAAUAGCAUUUAUUUCUGAAAAAGACUUAUACGAAUAUGAAAAUGACAGGAUAGAGUUUGUACGUAAUUGCAAGCAUAGGGACAACAUACUGUCUAGUGAUUCUGUCGCAUAUAGUGUAUAUAAAGUCAUCGUACAAUGUUUUGAUCAAAUAUUUUUAAAUGAUAUCUUAACUAAUGAUCAGUUUUCAUAUAUUAAGUACCGAGGAAAUAAAUAAUUAAAAAACUACAAAAAAUAGUCUUAUACACUAUAUGACAGACACAUCAGAGUAUGAUUAUAAAAUUUACCAGGUACAAACGUACCUUGUACAUAAGUAUAUGUCAAACAGAAAUUUGUCGAAGAGUCGCUAACUUACUUAAGUAAACCAUCACAACCAACCAUACGGACAUAUUCAACAAAAAAAAUUAUCUACGCAAAAUAAACCGUAAAAUAAAAUAGAUUGAGCUGAAUUCAGUUAUCCAGUGCGCGAGUUUAGAACUCACAAAUGACUAAAACAUUGUUCAAGUAUCUUAAUAACUGUACUGGCAAUAUUUUUGUGACAUCUUAUAAUAAAAUGUAUUUAUAUAAUGUAAUUUGUAAAUCUGUACUUGUUGAGUUCAUGGACAGAAUAGAAUAGUUGUAUAAUACAACACGGUAGUGCGCGGGCCCCGGGGCCCUUUGCAGGAGCAGAGUGAUGAGCUGCUCACCCGGACAAUCGACAUCGAUAUGAAUAAAAUUAUUACUAUACAUAAUAUAUUUACAACGGCCGCGGUCAUCCGCGCCAUAAUGCCCAUCUCCAUAAUAUAAUAUGUACACUAAAUUUAAGAACAUAGAGUUUUCUCUCAUUAGCUACCGAAUCACAAUUCAAAUAUUUGAGUAAUUGACAACGGUGGACAAACAUGCGCCGGAGCAUUAAUGCAUGCUACUUUAUUGAAAUUUGUACUUUGCUCUAUUAAAUGUCAUGCUAGGUAAGUAUGUUUGGUCCAUGCAGUCCCAAUUCCGUGGAUGGCGCGUUCAUUUUACUAUUGGCGACAUUAGAAGAGUGGUCGGAACUAUAAUUACGAUGACACAUUAAAAUAUUGAUAGAAUGUAACGAUCAUUAGAUGUGAAGAACAACACAUUUCUUUUGGGACCGAUCACAAAUCCUAAUGGCGCCAGAUUUAUUACAUUCCAAUUGACGCGCGUUGCUCCCAACCCGAUGUUAAUAAUGAGAGAAGUUAUCGCUACUCCAUCAGAAGAGAUCACAUCUACCCGCAUUACAACGGCUUUGCAAAUUUUGAGUAACUUAACUCUCUUCUUAGAAACAACGGGUUGUAUACGAUAUCAAUUUGAUUGUUUGAUGUUUCAAAUCUCAUUGCAUUUUACUAAUAAAUUUAUCGGACAAUGUUGCUAAUAUAAUUAAUGCAUAUUUUCGGAUGUCUUCUGACGAAACAGAAUCAGAAUAAAACACUGCAAAAAAAUACCAUUUAUCCUCUAAUUGUGUACGCAUUAGGAACUGCAAUCGGUUAGGAAGUAAAUGAUUCGAUGAGAAUUUAUUUAUCAUUAUUAUUAUUAUGUAAAUAAAAUUUCUUACUAUCUAGACCAUAGCAUUCGUUAGAAGGCAUCCGCAUCAAUAAACUUCUUAAAACUUCACACUCAUAUUACUUUCCAAUGCAAAUUAGGUAUUUUAAGUACAGAUCAACAGAUCGUCACUAAUUCCAAUUGUUCAAAUGCAUGAUCCUGUGGUAAAUGAUGAAACUUUCAUAGUUACAGCUGGUAAGGCUAUAUAAUUGACAUCCAGUUCCAUAUAUCCACAGCGGACUUUGGAUGUGAACUAAUGAAAGUUAAAACAAUUUUAAGUACUCAAUAGACUUACAUUAUAUUUGUUCAUCACUAGUUCAGAAUGUGAACUCGUCAUACGUGCUUCAUGCUGCUGUUAUCAGUGGGCAGUACAUGUAGCUCAACAUUUGGCGUAACAUUCUCGUGCUUCGCAAACGGUCGGCACAUGUCCACACAUCUGUAUCAUUUGUCGGACCUACACUUAGAAAUCUGAUUCGUGGCAGGUGUGCUCCUAGUUUGUUGAAAUUGAACCGAGAAAUAUUGACCGUAGAGUCAAAAAGGUUAGCUACUUAUAUUAAAUUUAUGAGGUAAUCUUUCAAAAUUAAAUGCGUAUAAGCUUCAAUUAAAAAAGGUCACACAUCCACGAAGCGAUUUCUGUCAAUAAAACAUAACCCAGUCAUAAUCACCUCGUUGUUCAAUUUAUAUGGAAAAUAUCAAGACAGAAAUAAUUUCAUACUAUCACUUUUUCUUUCAACGAAAAUAAUAAAUAUAGCUUUUUACCUAAUUAAUUAAUUACACAAUAAUUUCAACAAAAAUUUCAAACACCUGAGUUUUAGUUUAAACGAUAAUAAUGUCAUUAGCUAAGUCACUUCAGUUUCGGUUUGGAAUUCACUUAAAAGGAAAUAAAACUAUCAAAAAUAACUCGGCUCGCAUAAAAGUCCUGCGUCACGUCCGAAGCUAGCACCUUCCCUUUUAGCAAUUAUAUAAUACUAACUACUGACUGCGUGUAUGCGUCGCGUCGCCUCGACGUCGCUUCGUGGAGGAGAGCCGGGCGCCGGGCGGCGCGGCGCCCCCGACUAGAUGUGCCGCGCGGCCGCGGCGGGCGCAGCCGCG